AUGGAGACCGCUGGCCUUGUCCUCGGAGUCGCUGGGCUCGCCGGACUUUACACCUCCUGCCUAGAAGUAGUCAACAUAGUACAGACCUACAAGACAUUCCGAACCGACUCGCAUACUUUGAACACUAGAUUCGAGGUCGCCAAAACCCUCUUCGAACAAUGGGGUCUACGCGUAGGAAUCAAGGACGGCAGGUUACUACCUUAUCACCAUUCCGGCCUCGACGACGAGAAUACGUCUGCAAGGGUAAUAGAUUUACUACACAUUAUCAUCAAGACCAUCCGUGAUGACAAUAACAUGCCUCCAUACCGGACUGGGGCCGGGCGACGCGACGGCGAGCAGACUUAUACUGGAAUGCCUGGGUCGAGGCGACAGAAGCUUUUCUGGGCGAUUUGGCGUAAAGGCAUGCGCGUCGAGGAAGUAGAACUCUUCGAAAAGCUGGUGGAUCAACUAGAUAAACUGGUGCCUAGCCGGGAGAGGAUGCACCUGAUGGAAAAGCCGGAUCCAGGGUGCAUCGACGCGUUUACACAAGGGAUCAAGGAUAUACAACGGAUCCUGGCUCGGAUUGAAGGUGAGAAUAGAGCUAACGUCCCCGGAGCCGAGAUACGGCGCGAGCUCCACUUCUGGCUUGAUGGUUCUCCAAAUGAACGGUACCGCGACUCCCUCCAGAAACGACUGCCAGGUACAUGCGACUGGAUCCUCGACCGACCCGUGUUUCAGCGUUGGCUCGAGGCGGAGUUUCCCGCCGGGCCGAAGCUACUGUGGGCCCACGGGCCUGCAGGGUUUGGGAAGACAGUUCUCUGUGCUCAGAUUGUUCAAAAUCUCUCGCGGACUCCCGGCGCGCCCGUGGUUGAACAACCUUGGCCUACCUUCGACACGCCCGUCGCGCAUUUUUUCUUCACUUCUGAUCUCGAAAGCCGCAAAGACCCCUAUUUAGCGCUGCGGUCGUGGAUUUCCCAGAUUGUGUCGCGCCAUGACAAGGCAUUCGAGCUCGUCCGCCAAAGAUGGGAGCUCAACUUGGAACCCGCUACAGCGCGUGCAACGCGGGCAGAUAUCAGUGCUAUCUUCACGCAGCUCCUCCACACCAUUCCUGGCUGUACCUUUGUUGCUGACGGUCUAGACGAAUGCAACUAUUUAGAUAAUAGCAGCGCAUUGGUCAAGAAAUUUCUCCACGAUGUUACAAAUGCGGUUGUUGGCACGCAUGCCCGAGUCCUUUUCGUCAGUCGCGACGAGCCCGAGAUCCGACAAGCUCUUAUUAAAGACGCGCCCAAGAGUUUUGCCGAGUACAAGAUCAUGCCCGAAGACGUCCGAUCCGAUACUGCUGUCUUCUCCCGGGACAUCGUCAACAGGAAGCUCCCCAAUAAGACCGAUGACGUUCGGUCAACCCUUUCCGAAACAAUGACUGAUCGAUGUCAAGGCCAGUUCCUCUGGCUGAAGUUCCAAGAAGAAUCUCUUAGGGCAGGGAUGAACAGAAAGCAACUUCAGCAUGCCAUCGAAGACACUCCCACUGGGCUUAACGAUCUUUACGACCGCAACUGGGCCAGGAUCACGCAGCUGAAAGAAUGGGAAAAGAAGCGAGCCUUCGCCCUCCUGCGCUGGACCGCGUUCGCAUUACGACCUCUGACUAUUUCCGAGAUCACCGAAGCCGUACUUAUCGUUGAAUCUGACGACCUGCUGUUAGAAGAUCUACCUGAUGCGGUGGAUGAUCACUAUAUCAAUACCGAAAUAGUUGGUCUCUGCGGCCCUCUCGUAGAGGUCAGGAAUGACCCUAGCAAUCCUUCUGCAGGUCAACGGACAGUGCACUUACCGCACUUCUCCAUCAAACAGUACCUUCUUCAUCAUCUCCCAAUGCCAGGCUGGAUUCCACAUAACGAUCACUUGAAAACUUCUCAUGAGAGGUUCCAGAAUACUGUGCUUGCCAAGGCUUGCCUUCAGUAUAUCAGCUUGCGCCAAGUUUGGGACGGCGCUCUACCUGAUAUUCCAUAUCCUCUCGGCGUGUCUUUUAGAAGAUAUGCGGCAACGACCUGGCAUCAGCAUGUCGCCUCUGGGCUGCACAGCGACGCAGUAAUCCUGAGGUUCUGUAUGGGAUUCUUGAGUAGAGACAAUCCCACCUGGGACUCCUGGAGGACAUUGAUCGACUCAGAGGAUCCAAAACUGCGGGGCACAGGCGUCGAGACUAUUCCACCUGGCCCCUUGUACUAUGCAGUAGACAUGGGCUUGAAGGACGUGGCUAUUUCCCUAAUCACUGAACAAAACGUGAAUGAGACAAGCACUCUGGGGAGGUCACCUCUUGGCAUUGCUUGCACGAAGGGGUUCAUAGAAGUUGUUGACCUAAUGCUUCAGAAUAGAGCCGAUGUCACGGUUACGAAUAAUGAAGGAUGGACACCACUUGUUGCGGCAUCGUUUAAUGGACAUGUCGAGGUAGUCAAGCUGCUUCUCGAGAAUAAGGCUGACAUCACGGCUCCGGAGAAUAGGGGAGGGACGGCAAUCUAUAUGGCAUCAUUAAACGGACACAUCGAGGUAGUCAAGCUGCUUCUCGAGAAUAAUGCUGAUAUUGCGGCUGACAUCACGGCUCCGGAGAAUAGGGGAGGGACGGCAGUCUAUAUGGCAUCAUUAAACGGACACGUCGAGGUAGUCAGGCUGCUUCUCGAGAAUAAUGCUGAUAUUGCGGUGGCAGAUUAUAAUGGGUGGACGCCAGUUAUUGCGGCAUCAUUUAAUGGAUAUGUCGAGGUAGUUAAGCUGCUUCUCGAGAACAAGGCUGACAUCACGGCUCCGGAGAAUAGGGGAGGGACGGCAGUCUAUAUGGCAUCAUUAAACGGACACGUCGAGGUAGUCAGGCUGCUUCUCGAGAAUAAUGCUGAUAUUGCGGUGGCAGAUUAUAAUGGGUGGACGCCAGUUAUUGCGGCAUCGUUUAACGGACAUAUCGAGGUAGUCAAGCUGCUUCUCGAGAAUAAGGCUGAUAUUACGGUUGCAAAUAAUGCAGGGAUGACACCAGUCAAUGCAGCAUUAGAUAAGGGACACGUGGAGGUGGUUAAGCUACUUCUUGCGAAUGGGGCCGAUAUCGUGGCUACAAAUAAUGCAGAAUAG